AUGAUCCUCUCGUAUUUCAAUCUUUACGAAGUUGGUAAGCAUGGAAUCCAUGAGCCUAAUUUCGAUAAUCAAGAGCUAGAGGCAUGCAAAGACGGAUAUACCCCACUACUACAGGCUAUCUCGAAUAGCAGUAUUGAUAUGGUGCAGCUACUUAUCAAGAGUGGUGCUGAUGUAGACUACGAAACGGGGAUGCGUAUUCCUCUUGAAGAUGCUCUAAAUCUUGGUAAUCUCGUUAUUCUCCAAUCCGUUGCGGAAGUCGCAACGGCUGAAAGAAUCAAACUCUUGACCGUGCUAGAUAUGGCUGUCAUGAAUAAUAGAAGGGAUGAAUUUGUCCCGAUAUUUCUCGAUUCAUUGGUGCGUCCAAUGACAGAAGGAUAUCUUGAAAUGGCCUUGUCAUGGGUCCUAUACACCGGGAGUAUUAGACUUAUAGAAUCACUACUAUCAUCCGGAGCUGAUCCCACUUACCCUAUCCCCAAAGGCAUGCCUAACUCGUGCAAAACCUGCUUACAAUUAUCUUUUGGCCCCCCUUUCGACUACUCAGAGGAUCCAAAAUCAGGCAAGCGGGUCUGUCAAUAUGGAGUUAUGAAAUUACUUUUAUCGAAAGCGAAAACCCUAUCUUGGGAACUUGUGAAAAGUCAGCUAAUCAUGUGCGUGAAUCAAGAUGAGUAUGAUGAUGCUAGUAUAGUGCGAAGUUAUUUGAAUCACCCACGCCUCCCUGGGCUGAUACUUGACGGGAAUCGGUCACCAGUAGCAUUCGCAGCAUCAUAUGCACACACAGACUCUAUGGAACUCUUGCUGGGCGAACCUCAUGAUGUAAACAAGUGCUUAGCAACUGUUUUACGGUGUCAAUUUUAUACUUCAGAUGGGCUUCAGACACGUGAGAAUGGGGACUGUUGGACCAGAGAAAGCGUUGAAGUUACUACGUUGAUUGCAGGGGUGAUUUCUGGAAGCGAGAGAGUUGUCGAACGCUUGAUUAGUGACGGAGCCGAUACCAACAUAAGCACAGAGCUGGGGUCACCUUUAUUUGUCGCAGCUGCGAUUUCUACGGUCGUGGUUGUCCAAAACUUGAUUAAUAAUGGUGCUCAAGUAUUGCCAUCUAAACUUGAAGGAAAAGAACAUUCGUCACCCCUGGUUAUUGCUGCUGCGCUGGGAAACAUAGAUAUUGUGGAAUUACCACUCAAAUCUGGUGCUGAUAUUGAGUGA